AUGUCAGAAACUAGCGAUUGGAAGAGUGAUUUAAAUCUUCCACAGAAGGACACUAGACCUCAGACCGAGGAUGUGUUAAACACCAAGGGCAAAUCAUUUGAAGACUUCAAUUUGAAGAGAGAAUUAUUGAUGGGUAUUUUUGAAGCCGGAUUCGAAAAGCCAUCCCCCAUUCAAGAAGAGUCGAUCCCCAUGGCCUUGGCCGGAAGGGAUGUUCUUGCGAGAGCCAAGAAUGGUACCGGUAAAACAGCAUCGUUUAUAAUUCCAUGUUUACAACUAGUCAAACCAAAAUUAAACAAAAUCCAAGCAUUAAUAUUAGUCCCCACCAGGGAAUUGGCAUUACAGACGUCUCAGGUUGUAAGGACUUUGGGUAAGCACUUGGGAGUACAAUGUAUGGUUACCACGGGUGGUACCUCAUUAAGAGAUGAUAUUGUUAGAUUAAACGACCCCGUGCAUAUCUUGGUUGGAACACCAGGGCGAGUAUUGGAUUUGGCUUCUAGAAAGAUUGCAGAUUUGUCUGAGUGUCCUAUCUUUGUAAUGGAUGAGGCUGAUAAAAUGUUGUCACGAGAGUUUAAAGGAAUAAUAGAACAAAUUUUAGAAUUUUUCCCACAAAAUAGACAAGCAUUGUUGUUUAGUGCUACUUUCCCAAUUACCGUGAAAGCUUUUAUGGAGAAGCAUUUGAACAAGCCAUAUGAGAUUAAUCUUAUGGAUGAAUUAACAUUGAAAGGUAUCUCACAGUUUUAUGCCUUUGUUGAGGAGAGACAAAAAUUGCACUGUCUCAACACAUUAUUUUCCAAAUUACAAAUCAAUCAAUCAAUCAUCUUUUGUAACUCGACAAACCGAGUUGAGCUAUUAGCAAAAAAGAUUACUGAGCUUGGAUAUUCAUGUUAUUAUUCGCAUGCAAAGAUGCCUCAGCAAGCGAGAAACAAGGUGUUUCACGAGUUUAGACAGGGUAAAGUUAGAAACUUGGUUUGUUCCGACUUGUUGACCAGAGGUAUUGACAUACAAGCUGUUAAUGUGGUUAUCAAUUUUGAUUUCCCUAAAACAGCAGAGACUUAUUUGCACAGAAUUGGUCGUUCUGGUAGAUUUGGUCACUUGGGUUUGGCCAUUAAUUUGAUGAGUUGGAACGAUAGAUACUCAUUAUACAAGAUUGAGCAAGAAUUGGGCACUGAGAUUAAGCCUAUCCCAGCAACAAUUGAUAAAUCGUUGUAUGUUGCUGAAAACGAAGACGCAGUUCCAAGACCCUUCAAGGCCGAGGACUUGGCAAGAGUUAAGAAUGGUGGUAGUGGUGUAGGUGUAAACAACCACCAACAAACUACUUCAUAG